AUGAAUACUGAGUAUGAAGAAAAUUGUGAUGUUUCCGCCAUAUUUUUUGAUUUGGACAAUACAUUGAUACAAACAAGGAAAGGAGAUAGCCGGACGUGCAAUAAGCUAGUGGAGAUAUUGCAUCACGAGUAUGGCUUGCCCCGUGACGUUGCGUCAGAGAGCGCUACAACUUUCCUGCGGUCUUUCCGAGCACAGCCCGACGAUGAAUCCUACGCGCUCGAUGAAUGGCCCGCUCACUUGUGGCGCAACUCGCUACCAAAGAACUUUAGACAUAUUGCAAAAAAUGUAUCAGAGGAAUGGUUAAAAUUACGAUUUCAAUAUUUAGCUCUCACUCCCGAAGUUAUACAUCUCUUAGAAACAUUACGGGAGGAUUAUCUACUCGGUCUGAUCACGAACGGGCCGUCGCGGGCUCAGUGGCAGAAGAUAAAGCGUCUAGAUCUGCGCAAGUACUUCGACUGCGUGUUGGUCUCCGGCGACCUGCCGUGGGAGAAGCCCGACCAGAACAUCUUCCUGGAAGCCUGCAAGCUCCUCAACGUUGAAGCCCGCACAUGCAUAAUGGUCGGCGAUAAACUGGAGACCGAUAUAAAGGGUGGAAAAGAAGCAGAACUUGGGGGCACGGUGUGGAUUCCACUGCAAAAAGACGAGAUGGAAUCGGAUUUACCGGAUUUCACGAUCAAUAAGGUUACUGAACUACCAGAGGUAUUGCCAGCCUCACCUAAACUUAAACGCUCAACUCAUAUUGCCAAUGUUUGU